AUGGGCCCCGCGACGGCCGACGCCGCGGUCGAGCGCGCGGGGUGUCGCGAGACGCUCCCGGAGGGCGCGCUCGCGCACGUGCGGCCGCGCGAGGGGUGGAUCCCGGUCGUCGCGAGAAUCAUCCAUCGCGGUGCCGACGACGGCGACGUCCACGCGCGGUUGGUCGACGACGCCGCGGGCGUGGGAAGGGCCGGGGACGUCAUUCGCGCCGAGCGAUCGAGCGUGGCGGAGUACUUCCCGGUGGGGUCGGUGGUGACGGCGUUCGACGCGCGCGGCGUCGCGGAGACGGGUUCGGGACGGGUGCGGUCGGUGGACACCACGACGUGGCCGCCGACGUGUGGGGUGGAGUUCGAGGGGGUGGAGGGGCGGGUGUGGCUCCCGGCGUCGCGGCUGGCGCUCACGGCGGAGGUGGAGGCGGUGGUGGAGGCGCGGGCGAUCGCGGUCGCGACGGCGGCGGCGGACGCGCACGCGCGGGCGUUGUUGGAAGAGGAGGCGAAAGAGGCCGCCGUGCGUUUGCGCGCGGCGAGUAAGGGGAAAGAGGGGAAGAAGAAGCCGAAGAAGAAGAAGUCGACGAGCGACGGGACGGGGGCGAGCGAAUCGGACGCGACGGCGGCGGAUGACGUCGCGGCGGCGGAGGCGGCGGCGGAGAACGCGAGAAUAGCCGCGAAGGCGAAGGCGCGGGCGGAGGCGCGGGCGAGGCAGGAAGAGAUUAAAGCGGCGAAGGCGGCGGCGGAGAAGGCGGCGAAACGCGAGGCGCAAAAAGCUCGCAAGGCGGCUGAAAGGGCGGCGAGAGAGGCGCUCGAGGCUGAGAAACGCUCAAACGGGGACGCGAUGGACGACGCUCAGAUGCCAGAGGAAACGACGAUGUCGCCGGAGACGGAAACGCUCGAAUGUGUGUCGGAAGAAAAAGACGCGGUCGACCCGUCUCCGGCGCCGAUCGAACCACCGACGAUUGAAGAGUCGACGCUCACGGAGACGCAACGCCGCAAGCUGGCAAAGGAACGAAAGAAGGCGCAGCGAAUGGCUGAAAUCGAUGCAUUAUUGACGACCUACGAGGUAGAGGCGACGGACGCGACCGAUUCUGAGCACUCCGCCUCUGGGCGCACGCGCAAGAAGAAGAGCAAGAAGAAGACGAGCGGAUUCGUCGCGGCAAUCGGCAGUCCCGUCGCGGCGACACCGAACGCCAAGCGCGUGCACUCCGCGGAGUGGUUCUCCGCGUUCGUCGUCAUCGCGUUCUUCGCCGUGUUGACCCUCGCGUAUCACGCUUUUAUCUUUGCCAGGAGCCGCUUCGGCUACGUCGACGCGCGCCUGAAGUAG